AUGGAUCAAGAAGAGGCAUCCAUAGUUAUAAGUGUAUUGAAAAUUAUAUCCUUUCUACUUUAUUUUGCUCUCUGGAUAUAUUUUGAAGUUAAAGAAUUCGGUUCUUAUACAUCCAAAUCAUUUUCUAUAAAUAUAAUUUUGGGUUUUGCUUUUGCUUUGUCGAUAAUAUUUUUCUGUACCGAAUUACUUUCUUUAUUAAGUGGAGACGAAAAUACUAUAAGUGGAAACAGCUAUUGUAUCGUCUUUACGUACCUUACUCUUGCACUGGCUUAUAGUGGUGCAGUUAGUAUAGGAGAUAUAAAUGUGGGAAAG